AUGGCUGCUACUAAGAUCGAUGGCACGCAGAUCGCCAAGAAUAUUCGGGCGGGUCUGAAGAAUGAGAUCCAGCAGAUCCAGGAGUCUAACCCCAGAUUCAAGCCCAAUUUGGUUAUCUUCCAAGUGGGCAGUAGAUCGGAUUCGAGCACAUAUGUGCGCAUGAAGUUGAGGGCUGCCGAAGAGGCGGGCAUCAUCUGCAAAAUCAUCAAUUUCCCGGAGUCUACCAUUGAAUCCGAGCUCCUUCAGGAAAUCACCAAGGCCAACAAUGACCCCGCCGUGCACGGCAUUCUCGUCCAAUUACCCCUUCCACAACACAUGUCCGAACAUACCGUUACUUCUGCGGUGGCAGACGAAAAGGAUGUUGACGGGUUUGGAGCGGUCAAUAUCGGUGAAUUGGCUAAGAGAGGUGGCAACCCCCUCUUUGUUCCUUGCACACCACAGGCCGUGAUGGAGCUCCUGCGAGUAAGCGGAGUCGACCCAGCGGGUAAGAAGGCAGUGGUGCUUGGCCGGAGUGACAUUGUCGGAAGUCCUGUUAGCUACCUGCUGAACAAAGCGGAUGCAACUGUGACCCUGUGCCAUCGCAAAACCCCUGAUGUUGAGAGCAUUGUCAAGUCGGCAGACAUUCUUGUUGCCGCCGUUGGCAAAGCGGAAUAUGUUAAGGGCGAUUGGCUGAAGCCUGGUGCUGUUGUCAUUGACGUUGGUAUCAACUAUAAGCCGGAUCCUUCAAAGAAGUCUGGCGAGCGACUCGUUGGUGACGUUGAGUUUGAGUCCGCCGCUCAGGUGGUUUCUCAAAUAACUCCCGUUCCUGGUGGCGUUGGCCCCAUGACGGUGGCCAUGCUGAUGCGGAAUGUGGUUAACUCUGCUAAGGCUUACUUCGAGAAGCAGAAGGAUAGACACAUCACCCCAUUGCCGCUCAAGUUGGUCCGCCCGGUGCCUUCAGAUAUCGCCAUCUCUCGCGCACAGUAUCCUAAGGCAAUUACACAAAUCGCUUCGGAAAUCGGCAUUGCGCCCAAUGAGCUCGAGCCUUUCGGUCAUACAAAAGCUAAAGUGAGUCUCGAUACCCUUGAUCGCUUGGCUCACCGCCGUAAUGGAAGAUAUAUCUUGGUGUGUGGUAUUACUCCAACUCCGCUUGGCGAGGGUAAGUCGACGACUACUUUGGGACUUACCCAGGCCAUUGGUGCGCACUUGAAUCGCAUUGUGUUUGCCAAUGUCCGCCAGCCAAGCCAGGGUCCUACAUUCGGUAUCAAGGGUGGGGCUGCCGGUGGUGGAUACAGUCAGGUCAUCCCUAUGGAUGAGUUCAAUUUGCAUUUGACUGGUGAUAUCCAUGCGAUCACUGCUGCGAACAAUCUUCUUGCCGCCGCCAUCGAAACUCGUAUGUUCCAUGAAGCAACUCAGAAGGAUGCCGCCCUCUAUAAGCGAUUGGUCCCUGCCAAGAAAGGCAAGCGCGAGUUCCAGCCCAUCAUGUUCAAGAGAUUGAAUAAGUUGGGUAUUACCAAGACCAACCCAGACGAACUGACCGACGAGGAAAUCCGUCGGUUUGCGCGCCUUGAUAUCGACCCAAAGACCAUUACCUGGCGCCGUGUCUUAGAUGUUAACGAUAGACAUCUUCGUGGCAUCACUGUCGGACAGGCGCCUACUGAGAAGGGUCUGACCCGUGAAACGGGCUUCGAUAUCUCCGUCGCUAGUGAGUGUAUGGCUAUCCUUGCACUGAGCAAUAGCCUGGAGGACAUGCGUGAGAGGUUGGGAAGGAUGGUUGUUGCCACGUCGAAGAGUGGUGAACCAGUCACCUGUGAUGACAUCGGCGCGGGUGGUGCCCUUGCUGCACUUAUGAAGGACGCUAUCAAGCCUAACCUCAUGCAAAGCUUGGAGGGAACUCCGGUUUUGGUGCACGCUGGCCCAUUUGCCAAUAUUAGUAUCGGGGCUAGCUCCGUAAUUGCGGAUAAGUUGGCCCUGAAACUCGCCGGCACGGAGCCCGAUGAGGACCAUGAUGCCAAGACUGGUUUUGUUGUGACGGAGGCUGGGUUCGACUUCACCAUGGGUGGCGAGCGGUUCUUCAACAUCAAGUGCCGUUCUUCCGGUUUGUCUCCAGACACUGUGGUCAUCGUGGCCACCGUUCGUGCUCUGAAGGUCCAUGGUGGCGGUCCGGAGAUUAGCCCCGGAGCUCCAUUGAACGAAGUUUACCGUACCGAGAACGUCGAUAUUCUACGCAAGGGUUGCAUCAACCUGAAGAAGCAUAUCGAGAAUGCCCGUCAGUAUGGAGUACCCGUGGUGGUAGCCAUCAACCGCAUGGAAACGGAUACUGAAGCGGAAAUCAAUGUCAUUCGGGAAGAAGCCAUUGCCGCUGGAGCCGAAGACGCGAUUGCCGCUAACCAUUGGGCCGAGGGUGGAGCUGGAGCUGUGGACUUGGCCAAGGGUGUCCUGGCAGCUAGCUCCAAACCGAAAGAAUUCAAGCUCUUGUAUGAACUGGAAGGGAGCAUCCAGGAGCGCAUCGAGCGCAUCGGCAAGGCUAUGUACGGCGCGGAGAAGGUCGAGUUCAGCGAACUCGCGCAGAAGAAGGUCGACACCUACACAGCUCAAGGAUUUGGUCAUCUCCCGAUCUGUAUUGCGAAGACUCAGUACUCGCUCAGUCACGAUCCGGCAUUGAAGGGCGCCCCAACCGGGUUCACAGUCCCUAUCCGGGAUGUUCGACUGGCCGUGGGUGCUGGAUAUCUGUACGCCCUUGCUGCCGAUAUUCAAACCAUUCCUGGUUUGCCGACCGCCCCGGGUUACUUAAACGUCGAUAUUGACACCGAGACCGGGGAAAUAGACGGUUUGUUUUAG